UCCAGCUUCGCGCUUCUUCUCGUGACUGGCCCUUGACUUGCCUUCUUUGUCUCUGGAAGACUCUACACUUGUGCGUGUGUGCGUGUGUGUGUUUGUAUGCGAGAGGGGAGGGAGGUUGGACUUCUAUCGGCAUCGCCAUUGGAUCGAGUAUUGACGGCGUAUCGAGGCGUCUGGGAAUACCGGCAGUAGAUUGCAGUGGUGGACUAAAGUAAGCAAGCACACGUAUGGGAUGGGGGGACGAUUAGAGGUGGACAAGGGAGUUUCGGAAGAGUUGGGUUGUGGUGGAUGGGCGUUGGUUUUGAGGAGGGUUCUUGAUUUGGCAGUAGGCGCGGUUUUGCCAAGGGGAAAGGAUUGAGGCUCUCCGUUGGAAUACUAUGGCUUAGACUCGGAGAUAGGUUGGUUAUUCGUUAUUUUGGGUCAGGAUUCGAAGCGGUGUUAAUAUGUGUUCAUAGUGUAUUCCGGCUUUUGAUAUUAGGAAAGAGGGGCUUGCAAUGCUAUUAUUUGUCAUGGGAUAUGGUGGUAUGGGGAGGAAGUCGUGCAGGGCGACUGUCGGUUGUCAUUGACGGUUUUAGUCAGGUGCACAGUUGCAGGAUUGUAAUCGGAAAGAGGUUCUUCUAGCAACCAAAAGAAAGAGAAGCUCGCCAAGGUUUCUUUUCCAGGUGCCGGGGUUAAUGCUUGACAGUAUGGGAGAACGCGACAUGCAGUUCGGUAUGGCUCCUCUGCAUCACAAGGACUAUCAUUCUCCCCACCACAGCCGCAGCCGGGAUGGUGUGGAGAGGAGCAGCCGCGAGUUUGACUCAUAUCCUGAUAAGGACAGAGAUAGGAGUCGUGAUAGGUGGAGAGACCGGGAGCACGAGAAAGAGAGAGACCGAUUCAAAGACAAGGAGCGAGGUCGUGAUUAUGACAAAGAAAGGGACAGAGGCCGAGAGAGGGAACCCUACGUUGAACGCAACGGGCAUGGCCAUAUUGGGUCGGUGGGUCGGGCUGGGAUGGUGGGAGGUUUCUCUCACCAGAAUGAAGGGGGACCUGGAAGUCGUGACCGAGAGAUUCAUGGCACUCGCGACGACCGGGAAGACAGACACGGCUCUGCAGGGGCGACGGUGGGCCUGGAAGCAAAUACGAUUUAUAUUUCAAAUCUUCCAGAGAGCGUCACAGAAGACAGCCUCGCCGCUUUACUCAGUGAGACGGCAAAUAUCAAGGUGGAUAGGAAAACAGGAGAACCCAUGGUAAAAUUGUUUGAAGACAAAGUGGGUGGUCGAGAGGCAGAGGUUGUCUUAGACGAUCCUAGAUCUGGAACAGGCAUUGUCAGCUGGUUUAAUGGGUACGACUUUAAAGGAAGUAAAAUACAGGUUUCCCUCGGACAUGCUCCCCCCCCGGUGUCCCGUUCUAGUCAUGAAAGACAAGGAGACCCCUAUGGUUCUCAUUUUGACAGAGAUAGCCAUCGGUCAGGUUACCGUGGUGGCAGAGGUCGUGGAAGAUACCCAGAUCGCAUGCCCAUCCCUGGUCCAGCUCCACCCGGGAUUCGGCGUGGUGCUUCAAUGUUUGGGAGGGGAGGAUUUGCUUCACCCGGAGGAUUUAAUGACUUCCCUACAGGUGGAGAAAGUUUUGGGCGCAACAAUCCGAAUGUUACCCCAAGAGAAGGCGACUGGAUAUGCUCAGAGCCGACAUGUGGGAAUUUGAAUUUUGCGAGAAGAACCCACUGCAACAACUGCAACAAACCGCGGAGAGAUAUUGGAGAACUUGGGAUCCGAGUCAAUGGAGGUUUUAGCCAAGGUGGUUUCGGUGGGCCUCCUCAUGCCCCAUUUAUGGGAGGACCAGUUAUAGGCGGAAGGGAGCUGCCCAGAGGUUUCAGUGGGCAUGGUGAACCUCCUGGGCCUUGGGGACGUGGCAGGUCAAGCGAUUUCGACCAUGGGUCCUUACCCCCAAUUUCAGACAGGAUGUCUGAUUUCCGAUCAGUCAGGGAUAUGAGAGAUCGUGAUAUGUAUAGUGGUGGUGGUCGAGAAAUUUUCCGAGAAAGGGAACGAUUCCAUUCACGACCCCCUUUCGAAAGAGGGGUCGGUCCCAUGGAUCGAAUGCCUCUGGAACCUUUUGUUGAUAGAGAUAGGGAGCGAGGUGAUAUUUACCGUGAGAAAAGGAUGCUAGAUGGCGUGGAUCACAGAGUUAGGCCAGGGAGCCCUCCACGAUCACGCUGGGGACGAGAUGACAAAGACCGCAGUAGCUCUCCUGGUCGGGGCUUGUAUCGCCCAGACAGACACCGAGAUAUGCGUCGAGAGGAGAGGCGAGAUCGAAGAGAUGCUCCCUAUUAAAUGAAAGCACAUACUUGUGCUGCUGAAUAGCUUCCAUUGUGUUUUGCCAAGAUGUACGCACUAGCCGUGGAUGUAGAGAAAUUAGGCAAUUCUUGCAUCCAUAACUGAGGACACCAAAAGGUUUCGGUACCUCUGUUAAUCAUGUGACAGAAGAUUAUCCUUCUCUUGUCUCAAUGUUUCCAAGCUAUUCUUGGGAACUUUUGAACGCCAAUUCAUCCAGCUCUUAACAGUCCUUAACGGCUUCGAUCAA